GGCAUGCGGUUGGGCGCAUGCGCCGUGCCGGAGCGAGUGACCGGGUGAUGAUGGCGGCGCUCGGGCGCUGGGUCGGGGCGGCCGCGGCCUGCGGUGUGACCGGAUUUUUGGAAUUUCCACAGAUAGCGGUCAUUGCCAUGAGAUAUGCAUCCAAAAAGGCAGGAGGCAGUUCAAAAAAUCUGGGCGGCAACAGCCCAGGCCACCGUUAUGGGUGGAAGAAGGGAGAUGGGGCUUUUGUUCGUACAGGAUACAUUUUGGCAACCCAACGCCUGGUUCGCUGGUACGCAGGAGCAAAUGUAACAAUGGGUAGGAAAAAGACUCUUGUUGCCCUUGAAGAUGGCACAGUCCGUUAUACCAAAGAGAUCUACGUCCCUCUACCUCGCAGCUCGGAGUCCAUGAAAAUAAUCUCUCGCCUUCCUAAAGGGGCAGUCCUUUACAAGACAUUUAUUAAUGUGGUCCCCAAAAAGCAGGAAGGUUACUUUAAGCUUGUAGAUAUGCUUUGAUCCUCUGGAAUGGAUUUUCCAUACUGCAGGCUGGCUGACAGAGGCAAAUGUUUGGUGUGUGAAUUACCAUAGGCCUUUCUACGGAAGGGAACACUUUGUUCUGUCAGCUUUCCCUUCUUUUAGCAGAUGGCACUGGCUAAGAUCAAUAGGUGCCCAAUGACUUUUGUUGUCCCUUUUCAUUUGCGACCCUGCCCUGAGGAUGUUACUGAAUCUGAAGGUAGAGAGGAAGGCUGCCGGACAGCCCAUUAUCGCAGACAUGGCUCGUUUGAAAGAGCUCCCCGUUUUAGUCACGUUUCUCAGCUCAUUCCUCCUGGUCUCGUAUAUGUUUCAUUUAGGAAUGUGACUGCCACGGAACUAUUUCACCUGCUGGAUAUCCACAACAUCCCUUUUUGACACUGGUUACAAAUGUUCAAGAAAAUAAAUGCUAAACUAUCGAACAUUUUGUUCACUGAAAGCAGCUGCUCUGUGUAUCAGAAACCGAAUCCCAUUUUCACUCCUUUCUGUAGGUGAUUUUCUUGCCUUUAAUAAAUGUUUGUUUUUAA